GGUUAAGAUACGAAUAGGAACGUACCUUUUAAAAGAGCGCGGCUAAUAAUAAAAAUAUUGUUAUUUUUAUUAGAACAAAAUUAAAUACAAUUUUUUUUUGUCUUGUCAAAUUUUUUUUUUUCUAAUUUUCCAUUAGAAAAUUAAAAUUUCUUAUUUUUGUCAUCAUUACUUAAAAAGAUUAUUUUUUUUGUAUGAUUAUAGAAAUUUUAUAAUUUCUUAUUCGUAUUUUUUGUAUACCGCCAAUAUACACUCGCUAUCAAAAUAAAAAAAAAGUAUAUUUAUAUACAUUUUUGUGAAAAAAUAAUUGAAUUAUUAAAAUAUUGAGUUUUUGGUUAAUUUUCGGUGAAAAAAGUUUUGUUUUAAUAAAGAAAGAAUUUCCUAUAUUAAAAAAAUUAAAAAAAUAUAAUCAAAAUGAGCAAAUUCGCUUGGGUUACGUUAACUACAAAUGAUACGUACUCAUUGGGUGCAUUGGUUUUAGCAAAUAGCUUAAAAAGAGUAGGUACAGCACAUCAAUUGGCAGUACUUGUAACACCGAAUGUGUCAGAUACUAUGAAAUCAAAAUUAAAAGACGCAUUUAAUGUUGUACAAGAAGUUGAUGUAUUGGAUUCUAAGGAUGAAGCUAAUUUAGCACUUUUAGCACGUCCAGAAUUAGGAAUCACAUUUACGAAAUUACAUUGUUGGAGAUUAGUGCAAUUUGAAAAAUGUGUUUUCUUGGAUGCAGAUAUUUUAGUUUUACAAAACUCUGAUGAAUUAUUUGAAAGAGAAGAACUUUCAGCUGCACCAGAUGUUAGUUGGCCAGAUUGUUUUAAUUCUGGUGUAUUUGUAUAUCGUCCAAAUUUAGAAACAUUUAAUAAAUUAAUUGAAUUCGCUGUAAAAAAUGGUAGUUUUGAUGGUGGUGAUCAAGGUUUACUAAAUCAAUACUUUUCUGACUGGGCAACUAAAGAUAUUAGUAAACAUUUACCAUUCACAUAUAAUACAGCCGCAUACGCAGCAUAUUGUUAUUUACCAGCUUUUAAACAAUUCAGAGAUCGUAUCAAAAUUUUACAUUUUGCUGGCAAACUUAAACCAUGGUUAGCAACAUUUGAUUCACAAAACAGAAGAGCUCACACACCUCAGGGAUAUGAACAUGCUGCUGACUUCAUUCAAUUAUGGUGGAACAUCUUUUGUGAUCAAGUUCAUCAAAGUUUACAUAAUUCAAUGAUUUAUUCAACAUCAGGCAGAACUUAUCAAGAAAAUUCAUAUCCAAUAAUUAUUUCUGAAACAAUUAAUCAAAAUCCGAUACUUUUCCACGAUCCAUGGGAAGAUUACUAUGAAAAAUUGGAAAAAUGCAAUAUUUAUGAAAAAAAUCUAUUUGAAAAUAAUUUCUUUAAUGAAAAGACAAUUCACAAUUAUUUAAAUACUAAUACUAAUAGUAAUAAUAACAAUGAAAAUAUUACAGAAACUGAAAUCAAAACUAAUUUAAUUAAUAACGAACAACUAAAUAAUAAUAAUAAUAAUAAUAAUAAUAAUAUAUUAUUAGAUUGUUAUACAAUUGAAAAUACAAAUCUUGAAACAUUUGAAGACAAUAUUAAUUUGCAAAAUAAUAGUGAUAAAAAUAUUAGUAGUGACAUUACUUUUCCAAAUAAUAAUUAUAAAAAAAAUACUAAUGAUAAUUGUAAUUAUAAAAAUAUUGAAGAAAUUUCAGAAAAAAUUUCUACACCACCACCAUCACCACCACUACCAUCUUCAUAUUCACAAUCAAUUCAAAACCAACAACAAUAUGAUUUAAAAAUGCAAUUACAAACACAAAAUAAUAAUAAUAAUGAAUUAAUAUCACCAAAUAAAGCAACAUCAGAAUCAAUUAAUUUUAAUAACACACAAAAUUUUAAUAAUAAUAACAAUGAUAAAAGACUUAAUAAUAAUAAUGAAAAAAAUACAAACAAUAUUAACAACAAUAAUGAAAAUAUUGAUAAUAAUAUUGAAGUAAAUUAUUAUAAAAAUAAUAGCAAUGAUUUUUCAAAUAAUAUUGAAAAUACAAAAAAUAUUGAUGAAGAGAGUGGGUUAGCUGGUGUACUUUCAACAUUAAGAUUAGGUGAAGCAAAAACACCCGAACAAGAGGCUUAUGAACAAGCAAUGAGACGUCAAUGUUGGGAAUCUGGUAACAUUGAUUACACUGGAAAAGAUUCAUUUGACAAUAUUUGGAAGAAAAUAUCUCAAACAAUUGACGGCAAGCCAAAGUCUGAUAAUAAACAAGAGUCUGCUAGCCGAUUAACAUCAGCCGAUAUUGAAGAUGGAAAAAUUGAAUUUGAUAAAAAAACUGGUGCUACAAUUCUUUAUAAAAUAAUACCCGGUGGUUGGACAAAAACAAUUACAACACAACAGCCAAAUGGUACAAAAAAAAGUGAAACAAAAACUUUUUAUGAUCCAGUACCUGUGACUGAUGAAGAAGAAAUUAAAAAACUUCAAAAUCGUACUGAUGGUAAAACAACCGUUGAACAUCGUAAAAUUCCUGGUGGACGUGAAGAAAUUCAUACUACUGUUUAUCCUGAUGGUACAUCAAGUACUCAAAUAAAAACUUUCUAUGAUAGUGGAGUUGAUGUUAAUGAAAAUGAAACAACUAAUAGAAAUACAACAAAAAAGAAUACAACUGCUGUACAAAAAGUUAAAAAACAAGAUUCACAGGACAAUCAAAUACAGGAAAUUCAACAAUAUAAUAGAAGAGAUAGCAAAAAUAUUGCAAGACAAGAAAAAAAUAUUGUUCAACAGUUCUCAGAGGAAACUGUUGAAGAACAUCGCCGUGUUACUAAGGUAUCUGGUAGACAAGUAACAAAAACUGAUUCAGUUGAAGAACAACAACAUAAUGUUCAAGCAAUACAAUCAAAAACUGGUAAAAAGGUGAAAAAAACAGAUUCUGUUGAAGAAUAUACAGUAAAUGAUAAAAAAGAUGUUACUAAAAAGAAGAAGAGAACAGCAGCACCACCACCACCAACUUUGCCACCAGAAUUUGCUGAUGGUAAAACAACUGUUACAUCAAAAAAAAUCAACGGUGGUACCGAAUACACAUAUACUACUGUUAAUAAGGAAGGUAAAACAAUGAUAUCAACAAAAACUGUUUAUGAAGAAGAAGAAGUUGAUAUGACUGAAGAAGAAAUAAAACAAUAUCAGAAACAAUUGAAAGAAGCUAAAAAACAUGAAAAUCUUCAAACGGAAAAAACUUUAAAAACAAAAGAUGGAAGUAUUAAAAAAGUUGUUCCAUCAGAAAAUCCAGGUGAUGUUACAACUGUUGAAGAGAAACGCAUUCCUGGUGGCACCGAAUAUCAUUAUACAACCGUGACUAAAGAAGGAAUUGUUAAAAAGUCUAGUAAAACUAUCUAUGAUCCUGUACCAGUUGAGAAGAAAAAUGGUGAUGACACCUCUGAAGAAGAAAUAAUCGAAGAAUAUGAGGAAGAAGUUAUUGCACCAGGUGAACAAGUAACAAAAACAAUUGUUAAAAAUGUACAAAUGGUAAAAGAAGAGAAAAGAGAAACGUUCGAAAGAAUCACAACUGGUUCUGUCGUUGUUUCUGAUAUCUCAGAAAAGAAAAAGGGAAGAAAAGCUAUCAAAAAUUAAAUUUAAAUAGAAACCAGAAGAAAAUUUAAGAAAAAAGUCUGAUGUGUUUGCUAAAAUAUCUAAAAACUAAAAUAUAUAAUUAUAAUUAUAUACAUGCAUAUUAUAAUAUGUACAUAAAUAUAUACAUACAUACAUGUAUACAGGCGUUAUAUAAAACUAUUGUAUACAUUUUUUUGUUUAAUUUUUGUUUUAUUUUUGCUUGUUAUAUUCUCAAAUUGUGAACAUAAAGUUACUAUUUAUUUAAACAUAAAAUUAUUUAAUAUGAAAAUGAAAAAUAUUUGAUCAAAUUAAAAAUAUUGAUACUCGUAUAAAUGUUUAUUUAGAUG